AUGCAGCGCGGCGCGCCGUACACAAAACGGCGGUUCUACCAGCUCGUGAAGCUAUACCACCCCGACACCCACGACAAAGAUGCUCCGCCCUCGUCCUCCCCGCAGCAGAUUCCACACGCAACCCGCCUCGAGAGGUACCACCUGGUCGUGGCGGCCAAUAAUCUCCUAAGCGACCCGAACAAACGUCGUCUGUACGACCACCACGGCAUCGGCUGGACGGCCGACCACCGUGCCCCGGACCUCCGAGAGGUCGACAAGGCGUGGCGACACCAGCCGGGGAAUGCCUCGCGCAACGCCACCUGGGAGGACUGGGAGCAGUGGCGGAACGAGCGCGACGGCAAGCCCAGCGAGCCCAUGUACAUGAGCAACGGGACGUUUGCGGCCCUCGUGGUCUGCAUGUGCAUGAUUGGGGCUCUGGCGCAGAUGAACCGCGCCGAAGCCGCCGGCGAGCAGUACGUCGACUUUGUGCAGCAGAAGGACUGGGCCAUCGGGCAGAAGAUGCGCCAGAACAACAUGGCGUCGGCGGGGAGGACAAAGGACGAGAGGGUCGACACGUUUCUACGGGACAGGGAGAACCUGUCGUUUGAUUUUCAGCCUGCCAAGUACGACGACCCCUCGCAUGCGAAUAGAUCAGGAUAA